AUGGUGAGGGGUGAGGAUUUAUAGCAAUGCUUUUCUUUUCAGAUCUGAGCACAAUUUUGAUCGUGCUGCAUUUUCUCCUUAGAAAUUGCUCUUUAUUUAGACAAAAUUGUCAUUGAUGUUCUUGAAUGUGAUGAUGUGUGGAUAUGAUACACUAUAUGUACAGUUGUGGUCAAGAGUUUUGAGAAUGACAGAAGUAUUGGUCUUUAUAAAGUUUGCUGCUUCAGUGUUUUUAGAUAUUUUUGUCAGAUGUUACUAUGGUAUACUGAAGUAUAAUUACAAGCAUUCCAUAAGUGUCAAAGGCUUUUAUUGACAAUUACAUUAAGUUUAUGCAAAGAGUCAAUAUUUGCAGUGUUGACCCUUCUUUUUCAAGACCUCUGCAAUCUGCCCUGGCAUGCUGUCAAUUAACUUCUGGGCCACAUCCUGACUGAUGGCAGCCCAUUCUUGCAUAAUCAAUGCUUGGAGUUUGUCAGAAUUUGUGGGUUUUUGUUUGUCCACCCGCCUCUUGAGGAUUGACCACAAGUUCUCAAUGGGAUUAAGGUCUGAGGAGUCCUGGCCAUGGAACCAAAAUGUCGAUGUUUUGUUCCCCGAGCCACUUAGUUAUCACUUUUGCCUCAUGGCAAGGUGCUCCAACAUGCUGGAAAAGGCAUUGUUCGUCACUAAACUGUUCUUGGAUGGUUGGGAGAGGUUGCUCUCGGAGGAUGUGUUGGUACCAUUCUUUAUUCAUGGCUGUGUUCUUAGGCAACAUUGUGAGUGAGCCCACUCCCUUGGCUGAGAAGCAACCCCACACAUGAAUGGUGUCAGGAUGCUUUACUGUUGGCAUGACACAGGACUGAUGGUAGCGCUCACCUUGUCUUCUCCGGACAAGCUUUUUUCCAGAUGCCCCAAACAAUCGGAAAGGGGAUUCAUCAGAGAAAAUGACUUUAACCCAGUCCUCAGCAGUCCAAUCCCUGUACCUUUUGCAGAAUAUCAGUCUGUCCCUGAUGUUUUUCCUGGAGAGAAGUGGCUUCCUCGCUGCCCUUCUUGACACCAGGCCAUCUCCAAAAGUAUUCGCCUCACUGUGCGUGCAGAUGCACUCACACCUGCCUGCUGCCAUUCCUGAGCAAGCUCUGCACUGGUGGUGCCCCGAUCCCGCAGCUGAAUCAACUUUAGGAGAUGGUCCUGGCGCUUGCUGGACUUUCUUUGGCGCCCUGAAGCCUUCUUCACAACAAUUGAACCUCUCUCCUUGAAGUUCUUGAUGAUCCGAUAAAUGGUUGAUUUAGUUGCAAUCUUACUAGCAGCAAUAUCCUUGCCUGUGAAGCACUUUUUGUGCAAAGCAAUGAUGAUGGCACGUAUUUCCUUGCAGGUAACCAUGGUUAACAGAGGAAGAACAAUGAUUUCAAGCACCACCCUCCUUUUAAAGCUUCCAGUCUGUUAUUCUAACUCAAUCAGCAUGACAGAGUGAUCUCCAGCCUUGUCCUCGUCAACACUCUUACCUGUGUUAACGAGAGAAUCACUGACAUGAUGACAGCUGGUCCUUUUGUGGCAGGGCUGAAAUGCAGUGGAAAUGUUUUUGGGGGAUUAAGUUCAUUUUCAUGGCAAAGAGGGACUUUGCAAUUAAUUGCAAUUCAUCUGAUCACUCUUCAUAACAUUCUGGAGUAUAUGGAAAUUGCCAUCAUAAAAACUGAGGCAGCAGACUUUGUGAAAAUUAAUAUUUGUGUCAUUCUCAAAACUUUUGACCACGACUGUACAAAAGUAUGUGGACACUCCUUCAAAUGAGUGGAUUUGGCUAUUUCAGCCACACCUGUUGCUGACACGUGUAUAAAAUCGAGCACACAGCCAUGCAAUUUCCAUAGACAAACAUUGGCAGUAGAAUGGCCUUACUGAAGAGCUCACUGACUUUCAACGUGGCACCAUCAUAGGAUGCCACCUUUCCAACAAGUCAGUUCAUCACAUUUCUGACCUGUUAGAGCUGCCCCGGUCAAAUCUAAGUGCUGUUAUUGUGAAGUGGAAAUGCUACCUGCCCGAAUGCAAAGUGCCAACUGUAAAGUUUGGUGGAGGAGGAAUAAUUGUAUUUUUUUACUUUACUUUAUUUAGUAAAUAUUUUCUUAACUCUAUUUCUUGAACUGCAUUGUUGGUUAAGGGCUUGUAAGUAAGCAUUUCACGGUAAGGUCUACACCUGUUGUAUUCGGCGCCUGUGACAAAUAAAAUGUGAUUAGAUUUGAUGGGGCGGCAGGUAGCUUAGUGGUUAAGAGCGUUGUGCCAGUAACUGAAAGGUCGCUGGUUCUAAACCCCGAGCCAACUAGGUGAAAAAUCUGUCGAUGUGCCCUUGAGCAAGGCACUUAACCCUAAUUGCUCCUGUAAAUCGCUCUGGAUAAGAGCGUCUGCUAAAUGACGUAAAUGUAAAUAAUGGUCUGGAGCUGUUUUUCAUGAUUCGGGCUAGGCUCCCUUAGUUCCAGUGAAGGGAAAGCUUAACGCUACAGCAUACAAUUACAUUCUAGACGAUUCUGUGCUUCCAAAUUUGUGGCAACAGUUUGGGAAAGGCCCUUUCCUGUUUCAGCAUGACAAUGCCCCCAUGCACAAAGCGAGGUCCAUACAGAAAUGGUUUGUCGAGGUCGGUGUGGAAGAACUUGACUGGCCUGCACAGAGCCCUGACCUCAACCCCAUCGAACACGUUUGGGAUGAAUUGGAACGCCGACUGCGAGCCAGGCCUAAUCGCCCAACAUCAGUGCCCGACUUUGCUAAUGCUCUUGUGGCUGAAUGAAAGCAAGUCCCCGCAGCAAUGUUCCAACAUCAAGUGGACAGUCUUCCCAGAAGAGUGGAGGCUGUUAUAGCAGCAAAGGGGGGACCAAUUCAUGUAGUGUAUGUGGCAGAUAUCUGUUCUGUCUUCUGCUCUAACCAGUCAUUCUGUCUCUUUUGUUAGAUGAUGCAGCUGACCCGCGUGUUUGCCUUAUCUGUGGAGACCGUGCCACAGGCCUGCACUAUGGCAUCAUCUCCUGCGAGGGCUGCAAGGGCUUCUUCAAGCGCAGCAUCUGCAACAAGCGCGUGUACCGCUGCAGCCGGGACAAGAACUGCGAAAUGUCACGCAAGCAACGCAACCGCUGCCAAUACUGCCGUCUGCUCAAGUGUCUACAGAUGGGAAUGAACCGCAAAGGUAAGGGGAGACCAAAGAGGCAGAGUGACAAGCAGAUGAGAGCCACACAUGCAGAGUCCUAGAUUGUUCUAGAACCACAGAUUACAUUAUAAGAGCUCCAACAGCUGUCAGCGCUCAAUUAGCUCUGUAGGUAUGUAGCUAGUGCCCUCUGCUGGAUUGACUGUGUAAGUGAACGUUCUAAUUUCAUUGUACUAUUUCCUGAUUUUCUCCUGUGGCACAAUCAGAGCAGCCACCACCAGGGAGAGCCAUAGUACCGACGUUGCUAUCGCAACCCCCAAGGAAUUGGACUUUGCGUUUUGAAACCCAAACAUACUAUUUUAAUUGUACUUUGUGUUGUGUAUGCCCUGCACCUCUUCCCCAUAUAUUUUGUUGGGGUGCUUAUGGCUGUUCUUUGUGUUUUCCAGCAAUCAGGGAAGAUGGGAUGCCAGGAGGGAGAAACAAAAGCAUUGGGCCUGUCCAGGUAAAUAGUCACUGCGCACUCAACUACAGCUAACUAUCAGUUUCCAACAGUGCCUUUGAGAUUUCAGAAUUUGAAUCCGUUCCUUUUCAAUUGAAUUUGCUUAGAACCCAUUGUUGACAGUGAUUUUAUGCUCAUAUUCACAUAUAAUUUCAUUAGCUGGCUUUGAACAAGGUAAUUGGGAAAAUCAGCAUCCCUUAUUGCUUGCAGCACCAGUCAUUAUUUACAAUGUUCCAUCUAUGCUAUUAACAUUAGAUGGAGAAUUAGCCAUGCUUUUCAACAGUAAUUUUGGCAUAGCCAAGAUAGAGUAAUUGCCUUUAAGACUAAAUUAUAUUGUUUUGAAAUGCAUGCAUGUAAAGUAGUGAGUGUGUGAAAGAAUGCGUGUUGGUGUGGGUUGAUUGUCAAAUCUCAUAUCAGGGAAAAUGCCUUGAAGGAGAUAUGAAGGAGAGGAGCGGGGUGGCGAAAGAGAAUACUACUUUUCAAUUCACAUUUCAUCCUUACCUUACCUUUCGUUGUGGCUGGCAACGCGACAUUCUUGUUCCACAGCUCAAAUUCACCUCAAAUGUCACAGUAGCCACUAGCCAGUAAGCACAAACUAUUUAACAAUGACAGAAACUUUUCUUCUAAAACAUGUUACACUAUUGAAUAAUGCAACCAAACCAUAUUACACUCUUGAAUAAGGCAACAAUGUGCAGACAAUGAAAGGGUUUAUCUUCUUGUCGGUAGGCUAAUCUAAAUACAUUUUAGCUUCAAGACAAAAGCACAGAGUUGGUAUAACAGCAUGUCUUCAUCAAGUCACGUUAGCCUAUUAGAAAUGAACGAUUAACCCUCUCAUAUGGAUAUAAAAGUACAGUAGGCCUACCUUACAACAUUACAACAAACCAGGUUUAAUUUUUAUCCUGUUUUUAUAGCCUAAGCUAUGCAUUUAUAGCCUAAAAUAGGCCCAUUUAUUUGUGUUCUGAGAAAAUGUGAAUGUGAUCAAAUUUGGUUUAUAUUCAAACUUCGGGUGGCUAGGCUACCUACCUACCUUUUUAAUCCACAUUUAUUGACUGGAAUUAAUCAAUCACCACAAUAGUGAUGACAUACUGUAUGGGUACCUUUUUAAUACACUACAACUAGGGUCCGGAGUUGGUUAGGUUAGCCUACUACCAGAUCAGGAAAAACUCUGGGCCCCAGGAAAACAAAUGUUACAAAUGAAAAAACAUAUCCUAUUUGGAUGAUCUACAUUUUACAUGUUUUUGGUGGUGGGGAUAGGCUUCCAUAGUUUUACGUGGCUCAGUGAAGCCGGAACCUACUGUGACAAUUUCAGAAUGUAACAGGCUGUUACUGAAAUUUCAGGCAAAAACUCAAUAAAACAAGUCUGAAACAUUAAGAAAAUGUCUAUACAUUUCAGCUGUUUCAAAAACAUUGCUCUGCUAUUACCAUUUAUACUGUAGGAGUUUUGGCUCAACGAGACAAUUGUGUUUACACUGCCCUGCUUUAAGGGGGGCAACUGUUGGGCUAGUGUUGUGCGCUACAUUCAGAGGUAGCGGUUGAGACGUAGCAAGUACGCAAGUUUACAUCUGACUAAUAUGUGUAGCUUACGGUAUUUUUACGAAAAGUGUAGUAAGUGUGAAGAGGCUCUUAGUCUUGAUAUGCUAAUGCUCUGCAAAUGGCUUUGUAGAUGAUGUUCUCUGUAUAGUGUUUAUGAGGUGGUAAGGACAGCCAUGGUCCUCUAUUGUUGGUACUUUAGCCUUGUGUGUGUGUGUUUUUGGUUUUACUAUGCUUGUGAGGACGAGAAGUCCUCAAAAGAAUAGUAAAACAAGGAACAUUCUGACAAGUGGGGACAUUUUGAUACUCCCCACAAGGGAAAAAUUAUAUUUUAGGCUUAGGGCUUAGGUUUAGGGUUACAAUUAGGGUUAGGAUUUGGGGUUAAGGUUAGGGUUAGGUUAAGGGUUAGGGUUAGGGGUUAGGGAAAAUAGGAUUCCCACAAGAACAGUAAAACAAACGUGUGUGUGUGUGUUUGUGUGUGUGUUUGUGGUGUGUGUGUGUGUGUGUUUCCUUGUGCCUCUGUGGAACAACUUGUCCUAGGAUAAUUACACCCUGGAUAACAGUGUUAUGUUAAUCCAUUCAGAUGUCUCUCUCUCUCUCUCUCUUUAUCUUUCUCCUUCUCUCUCUCUCUGCUCUCUCUCUCUCCCUCUCAUUCUCUCUCUCUCAGAUCACAGAUGAAGAGAUUGAGCGGAUCAUGUCGGGACAGGAGUUCAAGGAGGAAGCCAGUCUCCCGGAGCACACCUGGAGCAACAACGGUGACAGUAGUGACCACAGUUCUCCUAGCAACGGCGCCUCCGAGGGCAACCAGCCAUCACCUGCUUCCACUCUAUCAUCCAAGUGAGUUAGCAACUCGUCUACAUGAGGGAGCAUCUUAACCAUUUUCAGCAGUUAGUCCAUGAAUGAGAUAAUUAACUGCCCCUCACAUUGUAACACCUCAUAGCCUAGUUUUUGCCAAGUUUUGGCCAAGUUUGCCACAAAAAGAAUGUCUGAAUGCAAUCUAUUCAGACUUAGCAGCGAUAUCUGUAGAUUGAAUUCAGCCCAUUAUCUGCUGUUCUUGGAGACAUGCCAAACAUAGUCUACAUAGUGCAGUGGUAUGUAUUUACAUCUCUCUGUGUAACCAUCAACUUAUCUAUAUCAACCAUGUACUCUGAUUAUGUUAGAAAUGCAUAGAAACAAUUACUCAUCAAAUCUCAACAACAGAGGCACACUUACAGUGGGGCAAAAAAGUAUUUAGUCAGCCACCAAUUGUGCAAGUUCUCCCACUUAAAAAGAUGAGAGAGGCCUGUAAAUUUAAUCAUAGGUACACGUCAACUAUGACAGACAAAAUGAGAAAAAAAAAUCCAGAAAAUCACAUUGUAGGAUUUUUUAUGAAUUUAUUUGCAAAUUAUGGUGGAAAAUAAGUAUUUGGUCAAUAACAAAAGUUUCUCAAUACUUUGUUAUAUACCCUUUGUUGGCAAUGACACAGGUCAAAUGUUUUCUGUAUGUCUUCACAAGGUUUUCAUACACUGUUGCUGGUAUUUUGGCCCAUUCCUCCAUGCAGAUCUCCUCUAGAGCAGUGAUGUUUUGGGGCUGUCGCUGGGCAACACAGACUUUCAACUCCCUCCAAAGAUUUUCUAUGGGGUUGAGAUCUGGAGACUGGCUAGGCCACUCCAGGACCUUGAAAUGCUUCUUACGAAGCCACUCCUUCGUUACCCGGGCGGUUUGUUUGGGAUCAUUGUCAUGCUGAAAGACCCAGCCACGUUUCAUCUUCAAUGCCCUUGCUGAUGGAAGGAGGUUUUCACUCAAAAUCUCACGAUACAUGGCCCCAUUCAUUCUUUCCUUUACACGAAUCAGUCGUCCUGGUCCAUUUGCAGAAAAACAGCCCCAAAGCAUGAUGUUUCCACCCCCAUGCUUCACAGUAGGUAUGGUGUUCUUUGGAUGCAACUCAGCAUUCUUUGUCCUCCAAACACGACGAGUUGAGUUUUUACCAAAAAGUUCUAUUUUGGUUUCAUAUGACAUUCUCCCAAUCCUCUUCUGGAUCAUCCAAAUGCACUCUAGCAAACUUCAGACGGGCCUGGACAUGUACUGGCUUAAGCAGGGGGACACGUCUGGCACUGCAUGAUUUGAGUCCCUGGCGGCGUAGUGUGUUACUGAUGGUAGGCUUUGUUACUUUGGUCCCAGCUCUCUGCAGGUCAUUCAUUAGGUCCCCCCGUGUGGUUCUGGGAUUUUUGCUCACCGUUCUUGUGAUCAUUUUGACCCCACGGGGUGAGAUCUUGCGUGGAGCCCCAGAUCGAGGGAGAUUAUCAGUGGUCUUGUAUGUCUUCCAUUUCCUAAUAUUUGCUCCCACAGUUGAUUUCUUCAAACCAAGCUGCUUACCUAUUGCAGAUUCAGUCUUCCCAGCCUGGUGCAGGUCUACAAUUUUGUUUCUGGUGUCCUUUGACAGCUCUUUGGUCUUGGCCAUAGUGGAGUUUGGAGUGUGACUGUUUGAGGUUGUGGACAGGUGUCUUUUAUACUGAUAACAAGUUCAAACAGGUGCCAUUAAUACAGGUAACAAGUGGAGGACAGAAGAGCCUCUUAAAGAAGAAGUUACAGGUCUAUGAGAGCCAGAAAUCUUGCUUGUUUGUAGGUGACCAAAUACUUAUUUUCCACCAUAAUUUGCAAAUAAAUUCAUUAAAAAUCCUACAAUGUGAUUUUCUGGAAUUUGUUUUCUCAAUUUGUCUGUCAUAGUUGACGUGUACCUAUGAUGAAAAUUACAGGCCUCUCUCAUCUUUUUAAGUGGGAGAACUUGCACAAUUGGUGGCUGACUAAAUACUUUUUUUCCCCACUGUAUGAGAUACCAGAGCAUAAUUGAUGGCAUUUAGUGUAAGUACAGUAUUUAUUUGAAGGAGUAUUGUGAGUGAAGUGUCUGACCAUUGUGUUUUCUCUGUCCAGUCGUUCUAUAGAGAUGAAUGGCGGCUACACGGCUGCUGUCAGGGACCAGUAUAUCAACACCCCCAUGAACACCCCCUACCAGCUGCUACCUCACCUCUUUAGCUACGCUGCCCAGUCAGGCCUGCUGGCCCCCCAGCCCUGCAGCCUCUACCCCCAGUCACACCCCCUGGUGCUGCAGCUAGUAGCUGCAGAGGACCUGACUCCACUGGCCACCCCCAUGCUGAUAGAGGACGGGUGAGUAGGCCUGCUUAACCUGACAUAUCUGCUGAGCAAUGAAACUGUGGCAUGUAUUUCACAUAACAAUUUCAGCAGACAUCUAUUCGGAAAUGUGUUUUAGAAACGUGUGUUCCAUUAUACAAUAUUAAUUUUCUGACCAUGUGACCAGGUCAGCCAAAGCUCCUGGCCUAAUACAAUAAUAUGAACAGCAUGCUGUUAUGAAUCCUGUUGAUAUUCAUAGCCAGGCCUCUCUGUCUCCUUGUUAUGUGUGUCAGGUACAAGGUGACUCAGGUGGAGUUGUUUGCACUGCUGUGUCGUCUGGCCGACGAGCUGCUGUUCCGUCAGAUCUCGUGGAUCAAGAAGCUGCCAUUCUUCUGUGAGCUGUCCAUCGAGGACUACACCUGUUUACUCAGCUCCACCUGGCAGGAGCUGAUCCUGCUGUCCUGCCUCACCAUCUACAGCGCACAGAUCUUUGGAGACCUGGCCGACGUCACCGCAAAGUACACUCCCUCUGAUGAGGAGCUGCAGGGGUAAGUACUGCCAGGCAGUGGGAUCACUGUCAGGGUUAAACAUUGAUACUAGGGUUAACCAACCUGCCGGCCAUGUGUUCAUAGGUUUAUUCUGCUAUCAAUGUAUGGAAAGAGACCAUUUAGCUGAGAGACCCUACUCUUAUUUUGUAUUGGCGUUCAUGCAUCAGAGGUUACAAUGCCAUAUUGUUCGCUCACCUAGGCUUAUGUUAUUGUAGUAUUCUUCGGAGGUGUGGUGGCUGAAUAUGGCUCUAAAGAGAGGGGAUCAUGUCAAAAGUUGAGUUGUGUUUCCUUCUGCAACAACAGCCUCCUAUAGAGACCACCAUUCCACACUGUCAGUUCACUAUCUCUAAAGGCUGUGAUGUCUCUACCAUUACAUACGGGUAUAUUGGCAUUGGACGUGUGCCAAAUGAACUGUCCUGUGAAGCAGACAACUCCUCUGGACUGUGGCUAGCACAGUCUGGGCCAUUAUGAAAUACAGGUCCGUCUUAGAUUGGCCAUAAUACUGUGGGGGCUUAGUAGUGUGUAAAUCAAACCAGAGUUAUCUGACCUUAUGGUACACUUGCUCCUAAUUUUCAAUUGAAUUUACAGCUGGGUUGUGUUGCAAUAGCCCAUUUGCCUGCAGUUUGCCCAUUCAAGGAGAAGGUGUCUGAUUAACUAUGGAAGUGCUAAACGGUGUGUAGGCACAUGUACUAAAGAUAUAAGUUAAAGAGACCCAGAUCUAAGGGGAGCUUUAGUGUAGAGAAAGGCAUGGAGAUUGAUGAGUUCAGUUAUUCAGUUUGACAUGUUUUAGUACCUGCUCCUUAAAGCCAGGGGCGCAACUUUCACUGGGGACAGGGAGACAUGUCCCCCCACAUUCUAAAAUUGCAUUUUUGUCCCCCCCCCCCCCGUUUUAUCAUUGGAAUGUGAUACAAAACGAGGCAACGGUGUGCUUUAGGACCAUGUGGACGCCUCCGAGCAGUCGGGUAGGCUGUUUGGAGUGUUUAUCUGACUGGAUAAAAAAUUAAAUAAUAACACAUUAUGUCCCCCCCACUUCUAAAACCAAAGUUGCGCCCCUGCUUAAAGCUAAAGGAAAUGUUUAGUCAGUGAGAUGAAUGGCCCUAAUCACUUGUAGUGGAUCAGGCAUAAUCCACUUCUCCCCCUUUAAUUUCCCCUCAUCUUCUUAUUAUGGUCAUGAAUCAACUCUCACAUUAUCAUGAUUCUACUCUCUUUUAACUUUUUCUUCCUUGAAAUCUUCCACUUCUGUAGCGUAUGCAAGUGUGUAUGAGAGCUGGUAGUCUUGUUGAUUUUGUGUGUUUCGUGUGUGUUAUGUUUUUGUGUGUGUCACAUUUCACAAUCUCACCAUGUUUUUGUAUGCGUCCCCGCCAGGUUCAGUGAGGAUAGCAUGGAGGUGAUGGAGAGGUUGAUCUAUCUGUUCCGCAAGUUCCACCAGUUGAAGGUCAGCAACGAGGAGUACGCCUGCAUGAAAGCCAUCAACUUCUUGAACCAAGGUAACACACACAUGCACAGCCAGCCAGACACAGCACUGUUCCAACAGGACUUAAAAAACUGCUCUGCUGCUCAGAUGCUUUAUUGAAUAAAAAGUAUGAAAAUGCCACACAUACUGUACAUAUAGCUAAGGUCCUCUCCUCAAUGUGUUCCUGUCUGUCGUGCAGAUAUCCGCGGUCUGACUAACGUCUCCCAGUUGGAGCAGCUGAACAAGCGUUACUGGUACAUGUGUCAGGACUACACUGAGUACAAGUACCCUCACCAGCCCAAACGCUUCCCUGAGAUCAUGAUGUGUCUGCCAGAGGUCCGUUUCAUGGCAGGUAAGUUGGGGCAUGGGGAUUGGCAUGGCAGGCGGUGUAUUAUGACAUGCUAAUAUAAAGGUCCAUAGCAAGGUAGGCGAUAGGAUAAUUGUUCUGUACUCACACCCUGUAAAACGUGUUUCUUUCCAGGGAAGCUGGUGAACGUUCCCCUGGAACAGCUCCCCCUCUUGUUCAAAGCAGUCUUGCACUCCUGCAAAUCCAGCUUCAUCAGCAACAGGACAGGAAGUUCCCCCUGUCUGACUACUAUGGGUACCUGCCCCGGGAACUGA